GUUUAGAAUUGGGUGUUGUUUUUAAUCUUGUUUACCUUUAUUUUAUUUAAAUUUUAAAUAAACAGCAUUUCAAAAUUAUGGUACUUCUCAGAGUUACCCUACCAGUUUUAGUGAUAGCAACAGUUUUAAUGCAAACAGGUUAUUCGAUAAAAUGCUGGGACUGCAGGUCAGAUGCUGACCCUAAGUGUUCUGACCCAUUUGAUAACACCACGUUUGCUAUAACAGAUUGUGCAACCCUGAAAGAAUUAGACUAUUUAAAGGGCGUACUUCCUACCAUGUGUAGGAAAAUCAGACAGAAAGUUAAUGGAGUGUGGAAAUACAUAAGAAGUUGCGCCUACCUUGGAGAACCCGGUAUAGCAGGUGAUGAGCGAUUUUGUUUGAUGCGUACUGGCACUUACAAUAUAUUUAUGGAAUAUUGUACUUGCAAUACGAAAGAUGGCUGCAACACUUCCUCACAUUUACGAAUUUCGCCCCUUCUUUUGUGGGGAGCUAUAUCUGCCUUCUUAUUGUUUCUGAUGGUGCGAUAAGUUGGAUGUGGGUUUAAAGUCAUUUAAUUUUGUACAAAGUUUUGAAAAUCGAUGCUGCGAGUCGAACAAUCUCUGAUUGAAUCUCAUUGUUUUAAGUUUUCUUAUUUUUUGAACAAUUCUACAUUUCACUAUGGGUUGCCAACACUCAUUUUGGCCCAAAGACUUUGGGUUUGGAGAUCAUUCUCCAGACUCUGUAAAUUAAAAUUCUCAAAGGGACUGUGAAUGUAAAAUAAAUGCAGUUUCAUAUAAGUUUAAAUUUUUUGAGGAUAGAUACUAGGACAUUUGGACCAGCAAGUAGAUUUGAAGGAAAUGAAUAACUAACAAAAAACAAGUAAGGUCAGAAAAGGCCUUUUGUAUAUAUCCAACAAAAUUAUUUUUUUCUCUGGGUCAGCAAUAUCGCAAUGUUGGCUAUAUUUUAAAUGCAUUUUAAAUAUUGCACAGCUUAUAGGAAAUAUUGUAUCUAUAUUUUAAAUCCAUCUGCUGAUUUAUAUUUUAAAUGUUCAUUUUUAUACCUACUCGUGCCUUUACUAUAAAAAAAAGUUCUUUUACAUUUUUUAUAAUUUUGAAUAGGUAUAUAUUAAUAAUUCUUUAUAUUUAAUAAAAUUGAUACAAAUAGUACUAUCUAUUAUAAUAUUAAAGUUCAUUAUGCAAUAAUAAAUAUUUAAAUAUGCCUAUAAUACUUCAAUUAAUUUUAUAGAAAUAUGACUGUAAUACAUAAUAUAUUAUUUACUAAAAAAAUAGGGGUGUUCAAAAUGUCUUUGGUUGUUGAGUUUACUAUAUAUUUCUCCAUAGCCAAUCUGUACUAAGUAGUGGGAAAAUUUCAGGAAUAUGUAGUGGAAUGCUGACAACUGUUAUCACUCCAAAAUUUGUAGGGCAAUUUUAAUGUAUGACAAAUAUGCAUUUUAAUUUAAUACAAAAAUUAUUUUCACAUUUUUUAAUUAAAGCAAAGUUUAUUAUUCUUGGUACAUUUCCAAACUACCUCUGAGGUAUUAGAAAUAGAAAUAUUUUAUUCUCAGUAAUACAUAUAUAAACAUGUUUACAUAGUCGUCAGUACAGAUAAAUAGUAAAAUACACCACAUUUUACAUAUAUUAACAUACAGCAUACUCGUAUAAAAUUUAAAAUAAAAUAGGAUUUUAAAAGAUCAUGGUAAUAGUAAUAAAAAAUAUAAAAAAUACAAUAUUAAAAAUAUUAGGUGACAUGUUUCACUCUUACAAAAUAAUCGUUAGUGUUAUAUAGACACAUGUCCAGUAAUAUCUUUUUAAUUUGAUGUUUAAACUUUUUUCCUGGUAGAUUACGGAUGUGGGGUGAAAGUGCAUUAUAGAAUCAAAUGCCUAUUGUUCGGAACUUGGUUUAUUCUAAUUUUCGUUUAGAUUAGCUGAUUUUUCCCUCUGGUAUCGUAUGAAGUUUCCCAAAUUCCCAUAUGUUAAAUUGGAAUGGAAUAAACCAUAAUAAGUAGUUAUUCCUGCUUCUGUAUUACUUAUAUUUGAUAUUCUACGUAGAGCAAACGUGAAUUUUGCCAACUUGUUGCAUACGUUAUUUAUUUGAUAGUUCCAUGUAAGUUGUGUGUCAAAAUAUAUACCGAGAAAUUUAGUGUUCAUUGUUUCACUAGUAGUUUGGUUCAACCUGAAAACACAUGUUUCAGUUUUAUUGUGAUUUAAAAAUAAUUCGUUGCUAUCAAACCAUUGUUUAGCUUCAGUCAUAAUCUUAGUGUUUUUGAUAACUAUGUCAGAUGUGUUAUUGCAGUGAUAUGAGAAAUUUGUAUCAUCUGCAUACAUGGUAGUUAGUAAUUCGUCAUUAUUUGAAUUCAUAUAUGAUGGAAGAUCAUUGGUAUAUAUUAAAAAUAAUAGAGGGCCUAGUACGGAUCCUUGUAGAACACCUCUUUUUAUUAAUAAAGGUUUACUAAGUUUAUUUCUGUAAUAUGCACUUUGUUGUCUGUUUUGCAAAUAAGAAGCAAUCAUCUUAUUUGCAAUGCCUCUAAUGCCAUAUUUAUCUAGUUUGUUGAUUAACAAUGUGUGACUUACACAGUCAAAUGCUUUAGACAGAUCAGUGAAUACAGCUAUGCAUUGUGAUUUGUUUUCUAAAGACUCCUGAAGGUUAUUCAUUAAAGCAAGCAUGGCAUUUGUAGUUGUUCUCCCAUGUCUAAAACCAUAUUGUUCCGCAGAAAACAGGUUGUUGUUUUCAAAGAAAUGCACAAUUUGUUUUACUAUAACACUUUCAAGUAUUUUAGAAAAACAUGGUAAAAUAUGUAUUUGACGAAAAUUUUCAGGUACUGAGUCAUCUCCUUUUUUGUGGUAUGGUAAAACUUUUGACGUAUUAAAAAUAUCUGGAAAGGUACCUUCAGUUAAACAACAGUUUAUCAAUUCAGUAAUAGGAACAACAAUAUUUUGGGCGCAGUUUUUUAAUAAAUAGGUAUUUAAUUUCAUAUAUAUCUUGAGUUCUUUUUGAUUUGAUGUUUUGUAUUAUAUCUAUGGUGUCAGAUUCAGUAAAAGGAGCUAAAAAAAGUGAUUGAUGUUUUCGGUUAUAACAAGUAUAACAAGUCAAUUUUAUUGUUAUUGAGGAUGCCUUCUACUAUAUCAGAUGAAUGAUUUACAAAAUAUUUUUUAAAGGUUUCUAUAUCGAUUUCAGAUUCUACUUUAUUUUUAUUAUUACGUCCUGUUUCAUUAUUUAUUAUUUGCCAUAAUGUUUUAGAUUUAUUGUCUCAAUUAUUAAUUUGUUAAAGUAAGUUAAGUUAUUUUGUUUUGCAUUUUUUAGCAAUACAUUGUAUUUAGUUUUCUCUUCUUUAUAUAAUUUUUUAUUGUAGUCGGUUGGUUUGUUUUUAAUGAUGUCCUGUAAAAAUGAGAUUAGUUCUUUUUGUAUUUUUAUUUCAUCUGUAUUCAUAUAACUCAAGUUUUUAUUACAUUUUCUUUUAGGUUGGGAUAUAUUUGGAAUUGAGGCAUUAAAAUGUUUCAUGAAGUGCUUCAGCUUUUUUAUUUGCAUUGGUUGCUUUUCUCAUGUCAUGCCAGGUUUCAUUUUGCAGAAGAAUAUUUAUAUUAUUUUGAGAGAAGGAUCUAAAAUGAGUUAUAUCUCCUAAUAUGGAGAGCUCAUGAUUUAGGAAAGUUAAUAAUUGAGGGUCAUGCUCUGACUCUGUGGUCCUUAACAUGGAUGUCUGAGCAAAAGGAAAGUUAGCAAAUAUGUUGUCUGGACAUGUUUGAGAGCUCUCUGUAAUACGAGUAUAUGUAAAUAUUGUUUGUUCAAAAUUAAAUUGAAGUAACAAGUCGGUGAGUUGUCUUGUUUUGCUAUCAGGUUCUAAAAAUUUUACAUUAAAAUCCCCACAUAUAAUGAUUCUACUAUUUUUGUGUUUAGCUUUUAAUAGUAAUAAAACUUUUGUUAAAAUUGUAAGAAAUAUUUCAAAAUUGGAAUAUUGCGAAUUGGACCUAUAUAUAACAAUGAGCACCAGAUUAAGCUUUUUAAUAAACGCCCCAGUUAUUUCACAGUGGAUUUCUUUUGACAUAUUCUUAAUUUCUGGAAUCUCAGCGCUUUGUAAAGUGUUGUGAAUAUACAGGGUGUUAAAAAAAAGUGUCACAAAAUGAAAUGGUGAAUAGUAUGACCCAAAAUAAGCAGAAAAGUCUUAAUAAAUAUAUGACCGCAAAUUAACGGUUUCGGAGAUACGGAUCAUUUUGUGUUUAUAACAAUUUUUUAUUAUUAUAAAAAAACAAUGAUAUUUAUAAACAAUCAAUAACAACAUAGAGUUAAAUGAGAUGUUCAAAUACAGACGUAGCGCUUCCCUCGCAUUGCCAUUUGCACGACCGUACAUAAAAUGCAUGUCAGCUAAUUCAAUAUUAGUGUAAACAGGCAUAACGAAAAUUUAUAAAAUUAUUCACCCACAACAAAAUAAUAACUGCAAAUAGUAUCUAUGAAAAAACAUCGGUAGACUCCGAUAAGAAAAGCAAGUUUUUGAGAAUGAAAAAAGAUAAUCAAAAAAUGAUACAAAACACUCCGUAUUUCUGAAACCAUUCAUUUGCGGACAUAUGUUUAUUAAGACUUUUCUGCAUAUUUUGGCCCAUACUACCCCCCGUUUUAUUUUGUGACACUUUUUUUUUAACACCCUGUAUACAGGGUGUACCAACAAAAACUCCCAGGCCGGAUAUUUUGGUAAGUAAUAGAGAUAUUUUAAUUCUGUAAAAGCCAGUUCACAAGGCACUAAGAGAGCUUCAGUUUUAGAUAUAAAUUGAUUUUAAAUAGGUCAAUAUGUAGAUGGCGCUGCGCUCAAUAAUUAUUUUUCGAUGGGAGGAUCUUUCUUAUGUAGCGCAUCUUGUAAAAAAUGCAUUUUUAGGUUAAUUUUGUUCUAUGAACUAAUUCGAUAAAUCUAGCCAUUUUUGAUAUACAGAGUGGGUCAUUCAAAACAGUUUCAUCCUGUUUUUCGGAAUUAUUCAUUGUAUUUUUGCAAAAUGCUAAAACAGGUCGAUUUUUAUUCUAAAUUAAAGACAUUUAUACAAUAUAGACAUAUGUCAUGUGUCAACCCCCUCCCUUAUACUUCUCCACACCUUAAUUUUAAAUAGGUAAUGUAUCAUGUAUGGCUCAUCAUUGAAAAGGUAAUUUAAUGGGGGAUUCAGAAAUAUUUCUGUAAAUUACGUUACUUAAAUUUUAUCGCCCUCUAGCGGGAUAAAAAACUACUACGUAUUGUAGAGUGUGAUACUACAAUGUGUAGUACAUCAUUAAAAAGGUAAUUUUAUGGGGAAUUUAGAAAUAUGACUGUCCAUUGUGAUACUUUUAAUUGUACUGCCCUCUAUCGAG